ACUUGAAAGCACCUAUGAUUCUCAACGGUGUCUGUGUAAUCUGGAAAGGCUGGAUAGAUCUACAGAGACUGGAUGGUAUGGGCUGCCUGGAAUUUGAUGAAGAGAGAGCACAGCAGGAGGAUGCAUUGGCACAACAAGCCUUUGAAGAAGCUCGGCGAAGAACUCGCGAAUUCGAGGAUAGAGACAGGUCCCACCGGGAGGAAAUGGAGGCAAGAAGACAGCAAGACCCUAGUCCUGGAUCCAACCUGGGAAGUGGCGAUGAUCUCAAACUACGUUAAUCAAGAGCAGCAGGCGUACCGUGGGUCUGCACACGUGCAUUGCUUCUACUUGGCAAAGGAUUUAAUAAAAGACCAGAAACUGUGAUAACUGGGUAUAUUAUGGUCUGUUUCCUGACCUGCGGCAGUCGGAGUCGCCACGAACUGCCAUGGUUUGCACUAUGUUUAUGUUACAAUACCUGCGUUUCCCAUUUUAAGCAUGUAGCCAGUGGCAAUCUGAAAUUUUGGGGUUUUUUUUCUAUGCAAACUUACUUUUGUUGGCACUAUUUUAGUGAAAUGGAAACUUAUGCAGCUAUAAAACCGUUUUGUUUUUUUUUUCUCAACUGUAAUAAAAAUUGUCACUUAAAAAUAGGUCAAGAUAGUACAGAUU